CCUGGACUGGGGCGGAGAGAGCGGUGGCGGGGCAAGAGCCCGGUUAAGCAAGCUGAACAGACGGCUAAGUCAAGGCGCCAAAAGGUUUCUCUAAGCUUUCUCUAAGCGCGCCCAAGGCGCCUCAACCAACUCAGCCGAAUCCUUCCUUCCUUCCUUCCUUCCUUCCUUAUCCUUCCUUCCCUCCUUCCUUCGUUCCUGCCCUGCUUUUACUGCGCAGACCUAAGCUACGAAUGCCAUUCCCCGGCGGCUUAUGGUGGCUGCUGUGCUGCAGGCAAGGUUUCACCUUGCUGCGACGUGACUACUGUGAGGCAAGCAAGGGGGUAGCCAGUGAAGACGAAGUUGUUGAAGAAUCCUUUGAAUUACGCAGGCAAGGCGAUGAGGACUCUACCUUGCAAGUGAACCUCACUCAACCCAGUCGUGCUAGCAGUUGUUCUGAAAGGUCUUUGCCAGUGACUGAAGAGACACACAGUCUUAUCACAGAGAACUGUGGAAGGAUGCAACAUGAACCUGAUGCUAUUGUGAAAGGCUGGUUGCAGAGAGAGGUUCGAGGAGGUAUUAAAACUCCCUGGCUGCGUCCUCGGAAAUACUGGUUUGUGUUGACAGAGGAUUCUCUAGAUUACUACAGCGGGUGUGAAGUGAGCGCCCCACGCCUUGGAUCCCUUGUUCUCACCAGCCUCUGCUCUGUGCUGUGGCCUGACAAGCAAACCUAUAAGGAAACAGGCUACUGGGCAGUGACAGUUUUUGGCAGAAAGCACUGCUACCGACUCUAUACAGAACACUUAAAUGAAGCUGUACAUUGGGUUUGUGCUUUGCAGAAGGUUAUCAUCAGCAAGGCCCCUUUGCAGACCCCCACACAGCUCCUCAUGAGUGACAUUGAGGAGAACCACAACAGCCCAGAAAUCUUGGAUCAAAUUUAUCGCAAUAAUCCCAUCCUAUGUUAUACAGCUGGCCCAAUUUAUGCACCUCUUCUGCCCUUCCCUUAUGCAGCUCAGGGUGGCCAAGGUUAUGCAGGGCUUCGUGAUGAAGCUGUCAAACUCUUCCAUUCACUACAACAGCUUGAAGAAUUGCGAGAUCCAAUCCUUCUCAUGCAGGGGGUGCUGCAAACUUGCCAUGACCUUCCAGCCCUGGUGGAUGAAAUAUUCUGCCAACUGGUGAAACAGACAACAGAGCCACCUAUUCCAGGGGCACCCACAGAUUUGCGCUAUUGGCAGCUGCUUGUGUGCAUGAGCUACACAUUUAUACCUUCUGUGCCUAUACUCUGCUAUUUGCAUCUGCAUCUGCAGCGGAUGGAGAAAAUGUUCCCAAGAUCACCAGUGACCCACUAUGGACAUUUAAUCACACAAGCCCUGCACAAAAGCAAAGGGCGGGAGUGUGUGCCCUCCUUGGAUGAGAUUGCAACACUAAUAGGAAGCCAGGAAAUCCCAAACUCAACGCAUUGUCCUGAUACUACUACUACCUGUUAUGUAGCCAUCACAUCUAAUGCUACAGCCCAGAAGCAUGUUUGACACCGUGACGUUUGCAGCACUGAGUACUUUCCUACUGGACAUUACUAGGCCUUUUGUCAUCCCCCCCUUUGUCACCUUAUCCCAGGUGACUCAAGAACUGAUGUUGCAUUUGGGUGUGACCUAUAUCCCCAACUUACUUAUUUUCCACAUGGAGAACUGGCAGCAUAAGCAAUCCUGUUCAAAGAAUGUAUUAAAUAUUUUUAUCAGGAUCUUUUUUGUUAGGGCACUGUCUGUUGGUCUUUGGAUCUUCUUUGGCCAAGCAAUAAAUAGAGAAGCAAGAACAUCUGCACAGUGGUACCCUGAAGACUAUUUUUCUGAUAUGGGCCAUCAUGAACAAUCAGAAGAAAUGAAGUACGGGACAACUGAAGAUCAUGGAAGCCUCUUUGAACAAGUCUGGAAAAAAAUUAGUUCUGCCCUUUCCAGGGUAUUUUCAGAUGCAGCAUCAACAGACAAGCAUGUUCAACAUCAAGAACUCCCAGUAAUCACAUGAACAGGGAAAUAUUCCCCAAAAUACCAGUGGUAGAAUUUUGAGUUGACUCCUAGGUAUCCUGUCAGGUGUCUUGGAUCAUCAUAUAUUCUGUUCAUUUGAAAAGAAUAAUAAUGAUACUGUUUGCUCCUAAGGAGCUGAUAAACUAUGUCUUCUAUUCAGAGGAAUUCUGUUUUCCACAUCUGUUCUGAUUAAAUACGUUUUA